AAUAAAUGAAUUUAAAUAUUGACCAUACAUAUAUAUCACUCAUUCAAAAAUGACAAAAACCAAAACAAAAAUUAUUGCAAAAAAAAAUCAAAAGAUUAAAAUUGUUCACCCCAAAAGCCGUAAAGCUCAAAAGCUUCUCGGUGAAGCGAGUCAUUAUAAAAAGGCAUCAAAAUCUCACCGACAAAGAAAUGAAAAAACUAAUUUAAUGAUUAAAAAAUUAUUGUGGUUUAAAAAUCAUAUAACUUCUACAGAUAUUGAUAAAACAUUUUAUUCGGUAGAUGAAUUGAGGCAAAUAAUUGCUAAUUAUUAUAUUAAUAGAUUUGAUGAUGAAUUAGAUCAGAUACACAUAAUUAAUACCAUUAAUAAAGAUAGAAAAGGUAGGAGACAUGUUCCAAGAGAAACAGCAAUAACCCUUACUAAAAACUCUGAGAUGAAUGAAUUUGAAGGUGGAGGUUUAGCUGUACCUGAUAUAACCUCACAAAAACAACUUCAUUAUUUCAAGAAUAUAUGGAAUGGGGAAGAAAAUUUGUUACCUAAUAUAAAAAUGUGUUAUAUUAAGAAAGAAAUUAUAUAAUUCAUGAAUUAACAAUAUUUAAACAAUUCAUAUAUGAUUUUGAAUAAAAUUUAUA